AUGGUAGAGCUGUGCGGCAGCGGCCAAGCUUCUUCGGCCAUGGGCGUGAUGGGCAUCGGCUCGAUGGUGACCGCGGCGACGUCGUCGUCCUCCUCGUCGACCACCACGACCACGGGCGCCUCGUCCUCGGCGUCGGGACGCGCCGGUAUCCUCGAGACCCAAGUGCGCGGCCAGUGGUAUCGCGUGUUCGUCUCCCUCGAAGACGAUUAUCUCAGCAUUUCCCUCGACGAGAGCUGCGAGACCGGCAACAACGCCCUGAACAACGGCAACAUCAACAACAACAACGUGGACAGCCUGAACGAUCCGGACGUGCCCGACUCGGUGGCCAAUCAGAAGCGCAUUGUCCGCGUGGUGAAAAGUGACAACAAUGGCCUGGGGAUUUCGAUUAAGGGCGGCAAGGAGAACAAAAUGCCGAUCCUCAUCUCCAAGAUCUUCAAGGGCAUGGCGGCGGACGCUACCGAGCAGCUUUACGUCGGCGACGCGAUUUUGGCGGUCAACGGCGAGGAUCUGCGCGAGGCGACGCACGACGAGGCGGUGAAGGCGCUCAAGAGGGCCGGCAAGAUCGUCGAGCUCGAAGUGAAGUACCUGCGGGAAGUGACGCCGUACUUCAGGAAGGCUUCGAUCAUCCAGGAAGUGGGCUGGGAACUUCAACGCGGUUUCCUGAGCGCGACGCCGCCGCCGCCGAAGUCACCACCGCGGGCGGAUACUCGUUAUCUGCCAUUACAACUCUGCAGACUCACCAGAGCGCAUCCCUCUUCCGAUCCCGAGGGACGCAUCCUAGAACUGCACUCGCCCGACGGCGUCCACGAAUGCUGGUUGAGAGCCGCUGACAACACGGAGGCGAAUGUCUGGUUCAAUGCUUUGCACUCGGCGUUGGCAGCCCUCACCUUGAAAGCAUUACGACUGGCCUCGGCACUUCCGGAUCCGCAGCAGCUUCAGCACAUAGGCUGGCUGGCGAGGAGGCACUGUCUUCAGAAUGGACGAGCCAGUAGCGAGAGCAGCGAAGACGGGGCCGGAAGUAGCGCAAGCACUUCGCGAGGGGCCGGAAGUGGAUUCGGUCUUGCUGCUGGAUGCACCGGCGGAUGGCGUAGUGUCUUCGGCGCAGUUUCAGGCCGGGAACUUAGAUUGUACGAGUGCGCGCCUUGGAGUCCAGAAGCUUGGGCUUCGCCGAGCAUUACCUGCCCUCUCAUCGCAACACGACUGGUCUCCUCUCCGACGCGACAGAAUGAGGCGGCGAGCAGCAGUAGCGGCUCGACUCAACACGGGGCGACGUUCGCGGUUCGGGUUGGCACGAUGGACGGGGUGGUCACGCAUCAUUUACGAGCUGAAACACGAAGGGAUCUGGCGGCCUGGGCGAGGGCGAUCGUUCAGGGAUGCCACGCGGCUGCUCAUUCCUUACGGGAGUACACCGUUCGUUGCACGUGGCAAGGUAAGGCCUGUCAGUUGGUUGUCAACCACGAGGAAGGUUUCGCGCUUUACUCCGCAGGAACGCGGGGCACCGCCGGGAACGGCGUAAGUCCUGGCUCACCACCCACGCCACUCUGGAGAAGAUCCUUCGACAAAUUGAAAAUGUCCGCGGACGACGGCGCCCGUCUUCUGUGGCUCGAUUUUGGCGGCGACGAUGGCGAAAUUGAGCUUGAUUUGGAGAGCUGUCCGAAACCAAUCGUGUUCGUUCUGCACAACUUCCUUUCGGCGAAGAUUCAUCGGCUCGGUCUGAGUGCAUAGGGGCACGAGGGGGCCCUCACAGAGGCCCCCGAUUUGCCUCCUCACACCACCAGGUCUGUUACCAGCGUCUUUCUCCAUUGAACUAGAAAGAAUCACAGUGUGGAAGAAAAAAAUUGAUUUCUUUUCCUUCGAGGAUUCCAAGUAACAAAUAACAGUACUGAGACUUGAUGAGGCAUGAAACAUCCUAAUGGAUAAGAAAUGUAAGGACUAUCUUUGUCAAAGGUUCCGCAUCGCGUGCAGCAUCCCAUUUCAGUUGUGAAACUCUGGAAUGUGGAGAAAAGAAAGAUUCCAAGUGAAACAGAGUAAUAGUGUAACAGUUUAGGAAUGAGUGAGAGUAGAAUAAUGAAUUCGGGCAGGAUAACGAUCCGAGAAUUCUAUAAUCGGGAAACAAUAUACAUGUGAAAUCGAUGAAGCUCCGAAUACGGUGAAGAUUUCAUUUUUUAGAAAUAUCUGAAAAUUUAAAACACUAGACAUUAGAAAUCUAUAGGUUUAGACAUUCCAUUAUCUGCAAAUCUGAAAUCUUACGAUCCAAGAGACUUUUUGAGGAUAGGUUUACAAAAUUUUUAGUAUUUAUUUUAGUUGUGUAAUUCGUCAAGAAUUCUCAGAGAUUAAGAUAUCUACAAUGUUGAAAUCAAAGUUUAACACGUAAGAACUUAAAGAUUUAAAAAAACGGCCUAGCUUUUCCCACGAAGGAUGCGACGACUCGAAUUGCAUGACACACCGUAGAAUUCUCGGACACGGUCCAAGGGUUCCAGUAUUUCGUCAAAGAUGUAUAAGCAAGGUGAAAAGAAGAUUGUGCGUUUGAUAAUUUUGACGGUCCAUGCUUGGAGAUCCUCAAAGCACGAUUGCAACAAAUCGACGCGAGGCGGUCGUUAAAGGCUGGACCACAGUCCCUUUUCUCCUUUUUAUUUUCGACGAUAAUCGAUACGAAGCCAUCCACGAGACGAUAUAUCGAGGAAAGUACGAUACGUGACAAGGACGGAGAAGCGGAGGGGUGAAGAAAAACUCCUACGCCGCUGAUCAACGCGCCUAAGUAACUAAUUUAAUUAACUACUUACCUAACCCUAAGUAAGAGUAAUCGCAAAGAACUGAUUCGACAGAUUUAUCGAUAAAUAUUCAUUAAUCCAACGUCGGAUAUUAAAUUGCGAUUAUUGUAACGAGCAUGGAAAUCAGACAAGCACGAUUGUUUAAAUGACGACUAUGAUCCGUUAUAUAUUCCUUUUAAAUGCAUUUCGUAUAACUUGAGUUUUUAGAAGCGACGUGAAAUUACAUCUUGUCGAGUAGUAUUUGCUACGCGCGAGAGAAAACCGUUAUGUUAACUGAAAUUUUGUAAUUAAAUUAAAUGAUGUCU